AUGGCUUGUUCAGCAGGUUGGCGUUUGUGUCUAGAACUCUGGGGAGGCAUGAUCGGGUUGUUUCGGAGAUGCUUGUUCCAAACACUCCUGAGACGGCCUGGUGCAGGUGAUGCGUUGGGCAGAUCUACCCAAGUGUUCGAUCUGGCAGACCACCCCUACGCCUAUAUACCCUCCUCCGCCGCUCCCGACCGCCCUGACCCUCCUAUCCCCAUCGAACCUACACCGUCCUACCCGAGAAGCGCUCCCGCUCCCGAUAGCAUCCUGUCGUCAUCCCGUUCGGAUCCUUCCGUCGAUAACUCCUACACUACCGCGGGUGCUCCUGGACCUUUUCAUCUGUCUUCCACCCGCCGUCGUCGCCGUCGUAGUACCCCCAACUCGCGUGAACGCACCGCUGAGGGAACCGGAAGUCUUGCGGGAGAUUCCACGGCAAGUGAGGCCGCUGUUUCGGAACAAAGGACACAUCCCACAGAGGGUCACUCGCCGUCCCCCAAGCGCAGGCGCCUGGCAAAUAUGCGUCCCGAUGGCAUUUCAAGCGCAAACGGUCCUUCCCACGUGUCUAACGGCUCCGUUGCCUCUCCGUCUCAUAAGGUGGGUCUCUCCCACUCCUUGAACGGUCAGGCUCCGUCCGCUUCCUCUAAUGGAGACCUUUAUACGAAUGGAGUACAGAAGUCCUCUGCCAAUACGACAUCAUAUUUUGGACAUGACCGAGAAGAAGUAACGCGCAUCCUCAUCCAAAGUUUGUACGAGCUGGGCUAUAACGGCGCAGCGUCACUAUUGAGCAAGGAGAGCGGUUAUCAACUGGAGAGCCCGGCAGUUGCUACGUUCAGAGGCGCAGUACUUGCAGGGCGAUGGGGCGAGGCGGAGCGAAUUUUAGUACAGUCUUUCUAUCCAGAUGGAACAAGGCGGACGACGAGCGGUGAGGGUGACCACCCUCCAACGAAGGAGAGGUUGGUAUUGGUGGAAAAUGCGGAUAUGAACGAGAUGCUCUUCUAUCUACGACAGCAGAAGUUCCUCGAACUGCUGGAGACUCGUAAUCUGUCAGCAGCAUUGACCGUUCUCCGUCAUGAAUUGACACCGCUCAAUUACGAUAUUGGGCGUCUACAUGCUUUAUCUAGUCUUUUGAUGUGCCCCCCGGAACAUCUUCACGACCAAGCCGGCUGGAAUAGCUCGAUAAACUCAUCUCGGGAGAGGUUAUUAUCUGAACUAUCAAAAUCUAUAUCUCCGUCUGUGAUGAUACCGGACAACCGUCUCGCCAUGUUAUUAGAUAAUGUCAAACAAAAUCAGAUAAACCAAUGCUUGUACCACAACACUGCAAGCCCGCCGUCGUUAUAUUCCGACCACAUGUGUGAUCGGGCAGACUUCCCACUUCGAGCGGGAAUUGAAUUAAGUCAGCAUUCGGACGAGGUUUGGUACUGUCAAUUUUCGCAUGAUGGCACAAAACUGGUCACGGCGGGCCGCGACCAUAGUGUUAUUAUCUACGAUACCAACACUUUUGCCGUGUUACAUAAGUUGAUGGAACAUGAUGAGGGUGUUGCGCAUGCCUGCUGGAGCCCAGACGAUACUAAGAUCAUCACUUGCUCUCAGGAUAAGAAAGCCCGCGUAUGGAGCGUGGAUACUGGCCGCUGUCUCUUGACCAUCAAUCAUCAUCGGCAGCCGGUGACGGCUGCCGCAUGGGCUGCGGACGGCGAGUCUUUUGUGACAGCAUCUCUUGACAAUUCCUCGCAACUAUGCCAUUGGAGCAUGCGUGGCCACGCUCUGCACAUGUGGCAAGGCGGAUUUCGCGUACAAGACUGUGCUAUCACGCCCGAUGGACGACGACUGAUCGCUGCCGACGUCGAAGAGAAGAUUCACGUUUAUAACUUCCUUACCCACGAGGAGGAAUACUGUCUAGCUUUGAAGAGCAAGCCCACCUCUGUCGCAGUCAGCCGGGAUUCACGCCAUAUGCUUGUGAAUUUGUCCGAAGGCCAAAUACAACUCAUCGAUAUUGACACGACAGAUGUCAUCCGGCGUUUUCAAGGGCAAAAGCAGGGGUCCUUUGUCAUCCGGAGUACCUUUGGAGGAGCAGCGGAGAAUUUUGUCGUCAGUGGAAGCGAAGAUUCCAGGGUCUAUGUAUGGCACAAAGAGAACGGGACCUUGGUGGAAACCCUAGAGGGUCACAUCUCUGGAUGCGUGAAUGCAAUCUCCUGGAACCCUACAAACCCCAGGCUGUUUGCUUCCGCCGGAGAUGAUUGCUUGGUUAGAAUUUGGACCCGGGAGCGUGACGCGAAUCCUCUUACUACUGCUAGUAAUCGCAGAACGACACCGGCGAGUGGCUUCGCACGCACGAGUGCUAUACGAUCAACAUCAAGCUUCUAA